AGAAGUGCCUUAAAUACUCCCGUUGAAUUUUCCCUCUCGUCGUCGCCAUCCUGAGAGCAGCAGAGGAGACGUAGCGGAUUUUAUCGGGUCGCUCUCUUCGGUGUGUUUCUAGUCAGCGGGACCUCGUGGAAAAAGCGCGUUUCUCGAUUUGGGGAGAGAAGCAGGUUUUCGGUUUUAACAGUCUUUCUCGGAGAAGCUACAUUCGCGCUCGGGAAAGAGGGUGGCGUUGAAAGAGAGUGCUGGAAAACUUUGCCAAGGUGAAGAAAUAUAGAUCUACGUAAAAACAAAAGUUCGGGAUGUCUCUCUCGGUACCUCAGAACGGUAUAAAGGGGGAUAACGAAGCAGUCAUUGAGCUUUUUGUGAAGGCAGGCAGUGAUGGAGAGAGUAUCGGGAACUGUCCGUUUUCUCAGAGACUCUUCAUGAUCCUGUGGCUGAAGGGUGUGGUCUUUAAUGUCACCACGGUGGACCUGAAGAGAAAACCAGCCGACCUGCAGAAUCUGGCCCCAGGAACCCACCCGCCCUUCAUUACCUACAAUGGAGAGGUCAAGACAGAUGUCAACAAGAUCGAAGAGUUCCUAGAGGACGUCCUCUGCCCUCCAAAAUACUCCAAACUCGGUGCCAGACAUCCAGAAUCCAACACUGCAGGGAUGGAUAUUUUCGCCAAGUUCUCCGCCUUUAUCAAGAACUCUAAACCUGAUGCCAAUGAGGCGUUAGAAAGAGGACUGCUGAAGACCUUGCAAAAGUUGGAUGAGUACCUGUGUUCUCCAUUACCGGAUGAGAUCGACCACAAUAGCAUGGAUGAGAUGAAGGCCUCCACACGCAAGUUUCUGGACGGUGAUGACAUGACACUGGCGGAUUGCAACCUGCUGCCUAAACUCCACAUUGUUAAGGUUGUGGCAAAGAAAUACAGAGGCUUCGAGAUCCCCAAAGACAUGACGGCCAUCUGGAGCUACCUGAACAACGCCUACAAGCGCGAGGAGUUCACCAACACAUGCCCCAGUGACAAGGAAAUCGAGAUCGCCUAUGCUGAUGUCGCUAAACGGCUUGUCAAAUAAUCAACUUGCCCCAUUCCCCCACGCUGGGACUGUUUAUCACACGAGAGAGAGAAAAACUCUGGACUCCUUAUUCCUUUCUCUUUUUAUUUAGAGUAAAUACUCAAUGCAUGUUUUCUCCCUCCCCACCCCUUCGUUACGUUUCUGUAGGAUAUUUAAUUUUCCGUCACAUUAUUAUUUGAAUCUUUAUUUAGCAGAUACUGAUGGUGUAUCAAUGGCUACUAGUGUGUGUGCUGAAGGGCUCUAAUGGCGGGUCAUGCAGACAGAUACACACACACACACUUAUCUAAAGUCUUCAACCACGCUAUAUAGAAAUAUCAGAGUGGGUUCACCACCCAUGUUGUUUUAUUAUGGAUUCAGAUAAAAAUGCUUUUUUUAAAACUUAUAAAGCAGUUUUUUGGUUAAAUUUAAAUGAACAGUGUUGUAAGCUCCAGUGUUUAUUUUCAGAGAGCAAUGUAGCACCUGAACCCAAAUAUGUCUUACAAGACUCUUGAAGGAAUUUUGAAAUGAAGUGCAUAUCAAAUAAGGUCGAUGUUUGUGUCAACGUUUAAAUGAAGUUCAUAUCCUAAACAUUGAUAAAUGGCAGAAGCGGUCUUUAUAUGACAGUUUGCAGCACCUGUAGCCUUUUGAUGAAGGACAGACCUCUUGAACAGUCUAUAGAUGCACUUAGAUAUACUAUAGAUCUGCCUUAUUCAAGCUUUAAUCGUUUAUUUAAAUUAAAGUGCUGCACCAUUCUUAGGCAUCUCAUGGCAUGAAAACAUGAAGGGGUAAACCUGUGUAGCUCUGGAUGGAAACUACAUCACUUGCACUUCACAUGAAGUGACCUUAACAGUUCCAGAACUAGCAGCAAAGCAGGAUAAGGUUAAUGUAGACUGGGAUAUCACAUUGAAGAGGGGUUCGAAUUUUGAUCACAUUGAAAGGGUACAAGUUGUUUUUUAAUUAAGAUGUGAUACUAACAAAGAAAGACUAAUUAAUUAAUGUCUGAAUAGGUGGUGAAAUGGCUUUAUCGCUUAACUACUACAAAGUUUCAUUAAAGGUAAAAUUCUGCUCUGUUAUUGUUAAUGCAUGUUAUGUUUAUAAUUUGGCCAAAGAUUUAGAAAGAGGAAAAAUUAGUUGCCAUGUUUUCCCCCAAUAUUUUUGUAAAUAUUUUUUUGUUUUUCAGAGAUAAAUGUGGUAAUGUUAUACAUUCAUGGCCUGAAAAUGUAACAGAAUGACAGUGAUUUGUAAAAUGACACCUCUGGCCUUAUACAUUUUACAGUAGCAGAAUAGUGUAUCAUUCAGCAUAUAACAUGAAUUCAAUAAAUAUAUAUAAAGACAAAUGUCAGUCUUGACAUUAGAAAAGGAAAAAGGGAAAGGAAAAACAGUUAUACAUGUUGUUGGCAGAAGCAAGGUGAUAUCCUGUGGGAACAAAAACAGCGAAGUUGUGUUUAGCUUUCGAUGGGGCUUGUUUUUCCGAAAUGCUCAUCUUCUGCUUGUGCUUGGCCACUAAACCGGGAAGAUGCAUUGAGAUGUCAUUUUAUAGCCGAUACAGUUCAGAGCAGAGCACAUGAUUAAAUUUAGACCAGAGCAACACUAGAGAGAUCAUUUACUUUCAUAUUUUCUAUAUUCAUGUUUUUUAUUUCAAAACUGUGCCUUCGAUUGAUUUUUACUCCUUCCAUGCUCUUAGCUUUGUGUAGCUCUGGAACAACUGAAUGUACUCUUGUAGCUUUCUAUAUGGACCUUUGGGUGCGCGUGAAGACCAGAAAACGGUUUGACAUUUAACUAUAAAAACGCUGCAUGUUUGCCACAUGCCAUCGCACUCUCAUUAAAUAAACUGCUGGCAGCUAUGACAUAUUUGAAGUUUGUUUAUUUUGGUUUAAACUCUAGAGCGGGGCGUCUCAAUCUUUUUGACUCCAAUGCACUCACUGUGCUCCAUAAAAUUCAAAGGCCUCUUCUACCAAUAUAUUUUACAGCUUGACAUUAACUGAAAGAUAAAUGUUUAUUCAUAAUAAAAAUGGACAAAUAAUCAGAAA